CAUUCAUGAUUCAGUCAUAGCGCUUUCUGUUUAUUACUUUCAAAAGUGUCUGGGUGAAGAGAGGCCAUUGUUUUGUGACGGCGAGGACAUACUACCUGUGGUCUAUUGUUAGUUACUCCUGUGACUAAUGGGCUGGGAAACAGAAUGCCAGAUGACCCUUUGGUUAAUGAUUUUGCCUGUCGUGUUGAAUGAUGAAGAUUUAGCCAAAUAGUGUCUUUGAGGAAGACGAUUCUUCGUGCUGCCAUGGCUGGGUCUCGCCGAAUCACUGGGCAGUGUUGUCAGCCGCUGGUUGACGAGUUGGACAAUUACUUGGAACGAGUCGGAGAUGAAACCACCGAGGAGCAAACUGAAGUGCUGACAUCUAGUGACAUCAAAUUCGUCACAAGGCUGUUGCAAAUUUGGCUGAAACGAUCUUGUCCCUGCUUCGGCCACCGUGCGGAGGACAUAUCACGUGUGUGUGUUGACUUUGUGGCCAGCGCUGUUGAAAAAUUGAAGUUGAUCGCUAAAGCAGAUUUGACUGCUGGCGGAGUACAGGAUGAUCUGAUACUGCUGAGAGAUAUGACGGAGGGAAUGGUUUUGCUGGUGAAUGAACCCAUGCUCCUCCUCAUUUCCAUGCCAAUCAGCAAUCGGAAGCCGCUGCAGACACUGAGUGAAGAGGAAUACCAUCAACUGCAGGGGCUGUGCUACAUGUCAUCAUCAUCCGGUGAAAUGAGUCCGUACUUGGGCAAGAUCAUGUGUACGCUAUACACACAAGGUUUCUUUGAAGGCAUUAGUGCGAUCACGCAGCUGCCCCAUGCAGCUACGCAUUUGCCCUCCCAUCUUGUUUUGGGCCUUGUGGAUAUUGUCAGCUUGGUGCGGGAACACCUGCAGGCGUCCGUUUGUACCAGUGUGAUCAGGGCGAUGCGAGCACCAGUUUUCAAGUACUUUAUCAGCUUAUCAGAUGACAAGUUACGUUGUCACUCUCAGUUCGACUUCAUUGAGCGAUUGCAAGCUAGACUUAAGAUGCCAGGACCACUCCCACCCGAUGAAGGUCAGCUUGCUUUGGCGUUAACGUUGCGCUACUUGCGCUCAGAGUUCAUCAACAUUCGAUUUUCUGCAAUGCACAGUUUGCUGUUCAUGAUAAGGUCCUUCCAAUUUAUGGACAAAGAAAUUGUCCGAUUCCAUGCCAACUCAGCGUCACGCGAGCUUGCGGUCUGGAUGGUUGAUAAUCGAAUUGUGGAGCUGCUGUUUGGGCCAGAUCUUCAUGUGGAGCUUGUCAAACUCUGCCCGGGUCUGCUCCUGUUCAUGGCAACCCAGGGAUGCAUGCAGCGCAAGCAGCUCGAGAGCAUCUGGCGCAGCACUCGCAUCCAACACAGCUGCCGUGCCGCCCACGAUGCUCUCUUGGGCAUCUACAAGUCGUUGUCACGGGACUGCCAUCAGUUCCUGAUCGAGGAGCAUCAGCGACUGUCGCCAUCCACCAUGACAGCACUUGACGUCCAGCUACUGGCUUAUGUAACACAAGAACUCAUGCUACAGCAAAGGCGUGCACGACAGGUCGUAUGCAAGAACAACAACAAUGUAUGCAGCACCAGCAAUAUGGUGACUGUUAAGCCUAUAUUGGUACCAGUAGACACUGCUGCAAUCUUAGCUAAUCAACCAACACCUGAAUCGGGUGAGCUGGAGGAUGCUGACGAUGAGCGAAAGUCGGGAGAAGACAUGGAUGUGGAUCAACAGGCUGAUGUCGCUGCAGGAAAUACACCAUCGGCAUCGCCCGAUGUUGGGGCAGAGCGAUCGCGCUCGCCUCAUCUUACCCGCAGUGACUCGGUCGAAUGGCCAGUCGAGCCUCAGUCUGGUAUAAUUGCUUAUGAAAAGAACUUGUCCAAGAGCAAAGCAACCAAUAUGCGACCAACGGCUGUGAUUGGGCCCAUGCGGCCCACAGCUAUGACUUCAGCUAUGGUAGAAGACGACUCUGAUCUGUCAUCGGGUGAAUCUGAGUCUGACAUUGACGAGCUUGUGUCUUUAUCGCCUGGUCCCCCACCUGGCUUUUACCGAAGAACUGCCAAUCUUGCUUCAAAUUUGGCCAUUCAGCGCUUAUUGCAGCCGCCCAGCCCUGGUGAUACAGAGGAGGCGAAGGUGUGGCCAGAUGGCCUUGCGGUUCUCUGGAAAGUGGCACAAGAUCUCGAUGUCGAUAGUGGGGUGGCGAAGGAGGCUCUCGUUCACUUUAUUCAGUGUUUGGUGAACACUUGCGCUCGUGAAUCCACCUACUUCAAUUCCUUUGUGGAGGAAUGCCUACAGAACAUUGCUGCCAAUAAGUCGGUUGAAGCAUCCCUUAAUGUACUGAAGGCGAUUGUGGAAAAACGACGUCUUAGCUUGCAGGAACAAGAGCCUCGCAUUAUGGACAGUCUGUUUCAGAACAUAGAAACGUUCUUGAAGAUGCCUGGCGUCGACCACGGGCCAGGACUAGGUGUGCGGCUUCACUUCCUGUCUGAUGUAUUUAGCGUUUCCGAGGCACGCGACAUUGCUGUCUCCAAGGAGCAGCUGGCGAUGCUGUUCUCGUCUAUGCCAUGCCAGGCGUGCUACCAUAUCCUGUUUGCUUGGAUGACACGCGACCUGGACAAGCCCGGACACAGCCGUCUGCUCUCCCCGGACGCACUCUGUCCACUCUUCACGCAGCUGAUGAUGGACGUACCUCUGGAUGCCAUCAAUGAAGGUGCGCUAUCUGUAAUCCAGCAACUGAUAUCGAUUAAUGAAGGUGAAGAGCGAUUUAUGGACCAGUCUAAAGCUCAGGACUGCAUGCUCAUUCACUAUUGGCGUGUGGUGAAGCAUGCACAACUGAACACCAGUCUUAAAGCCAGCCAAGAGCUUACAGAGAUCUACGUUAACAAUGAUGGCCUGGAUGGUAAGGAUUUGCUGGAGCGCUGUAUGACGUUGUUCGAGACAGCCGGCGCUGACAUAUGCAAGGAACCUGAAGAAUCUGUGAGACUGGUACUCAGAGGCACAAAUUUGAUUAUCCGGUACUUCUAUCAAUUCAGGAAAAGGUUUGCUUAUCACAUGCGCCUGAAAGAGUUGAGUGGAGAGUUGGCCGCUCUGCCUCCCGUGGGUGUACUGCAGCCACAGUUUGAUGUUGGUUGGCCAAUUGCUGAUAAUCACAAGACAUUCCACUUGCGAGCUGACACCCUUUUGUGUGAGCUUCGAGCGGAAGUCUUACACUUUUGCCGAACAAAUCCGACCACCAUGAAUGGUAUUCGCUGCGAUGGUGAGGAGCCUGAGUUUCUCAAAAUCUGCGCUGAUGGCAGUGAACUUCGUGUGGAGCAUGACAAUAGGCAACUGCAAGAGCUUGGCUUCACCCGUGCUCAGACUAUCAGUGUCCGCCCAGUACGCAGAGCUUCAAUGCACCGUAGAUUGAUUAGCAACCAGAGCUACAUUCCUGAACCGCCACCACUGGAUGCCAUUCCCGCCAUGAUCCUUUGCAAUACACGACAUGUGGAGAUUCUAGUCACGCUCUUGCAGACACUGCACGACCAUUUCCGGGCCAGUGAGGCGAGCCAAGAGGACGUUUCGCUCAUGCAGGACUUGUACCGAGUGCUGCAAAGCAUUCCCGUUCUGGAGUCUACGGAGAUGUCCAUAAUGCACCUGGACGUGGACUGGUCUGAUGUCCUGGACCCUAACAAGCCGUUUCAAAGCAACCUGUACCUGCACGCCAUCUCUCAGCUGUGUGCCAGUGGCAUGUCCAGAGGCCUUCGCAAGUUAGGCUUGCGCGAUCUAGACUCGUGGGAAGUCGACCGCUGGAGAGGAGCGUUCGUUUCUAGUGGUGGCAUGGCCCAGCUGCUUAACUUUCUGCGAUCAGACACACUAGUUUGUCCAGUGUGCUCCUCGAAGUCUCAGGGUAACGCAGCAGAAGUGAGCACCCAUGCUGAGCCAUUGCAGGAAGCACAGCAAACUACCGGGAACCCCUGGGCGGCAUCUUGCUGUCCACAACCAGUCUGGCUUCAGGAGUGGCGGCAAACCACCGUCCAGUACCUUAUUCAAGCCAUCUCUUGCAUGGCACCGAGUGUGCAGGUGGCAAUGCCACGUCCAGCACCGGCAGCGGGUAAAGAUGCAGCUCAAGUACAAGGAUCAGUGGAAGAAAUUGAUGAUGAUGAUUUACCUGACACUGAACCCUACGACGUGGACGCAGAAGCUGACAGUUCGACUGACGUUGGCAAUGACAGCACACGCCCUGCUUCUGCCACCGCUGCUUCUCCUGGAAAGAACGCCGCUUUGCCUGCGUCGCCUGAAAGCACACGGCUGGAGCAGCAACAUCGCUCAAUCUUUCACCCUGUAUUCCUAAAUCUGCUUGAAGAGGAUAACUUCGCUUGCUUCACGGCCAUCUUACAUUGCAUCGAGCAGCUAGCCACCCACUGCACUACCAAUACUGCACAGGGCUCUGUUACAGAUCUGCACCACAUGUUCAGAAAAUGGACGCAGUGCCGCACGCAACUCCUCGAACAGUUGUCUGCCUUUCCCAAUCUCUCAGCAUGGCUGCAUACAGUGCUUGUGACAUGUUCCUCACCGUCAAUGCGAACGACUGUCUCGGAGAUCUUAUUAGGCCUCAUCUCGCGGGCGACGAAAGCUGAUGCGGCUAGUGCUUCAACACGAGACCAUGUCUUGAAGUUUGUCAAAUGCCUGUUGGCAGUCGUCGACCACGUUUCAGCUCACAACGAAGAGGCACAGACGUUGCUAGACUUCAUAUCCCUGAGCUUGAGUGUGUGCUUUGACGUGCAGAUGCGAUCUCUGUUGCCCGACGACUAUGUGCUCUCUCAGCUGCAGCGCCGUUUGCCCAAGUGCGAUGAGGCGAUGGUGAGGCUGUACAGUGACAGCUCGCGCUCACUUACCAACGCCGUGUUGUGCGUGUCUCUGCUCCAGCACUGCACGCCUAGCCAGCCAGCAACGACUCGCAGGUACUACCAGCAGCUUUUCUCCAUCUUCUACAGCGCUCUCUUUGGCUUUAGUACGGCCCGGGUGGAGCUGACACCACACCUCAAGGCACUGAAAGCCAUCCACAAUCCGGCAGAGGCACAUAAGAAUGUGGAACCAUCUUCUAGUGAUCUAGCCAUGGAAGUUGACGAGGGUGAGAUUGGUAGUGAUGGCAGUGAUUCCAAUGAAGACUGCCUCGUGCGUGGCGAUCUGCCUCUUGUACGGAAGUCGUUCUUCAGGCGGCAGAUUUACAGGGCACUGCGGCAGGUUUUCUCAAAGUCGCUGGAGCUGGUGCCGGCGUGCAUGCGUCACCUGGAACGCUACUUGUCCGCUGAGCUUCACCCGGGCUAUGCGUGGCGGUACGAUCCGCAAGAGGAGUUCCGGCAGGCCGGCGUGCCCUACUCUGGCUUGGUCAACCUGGGAGCCACGUGCUACAUGGCAAGUUGCCUUCAGCAGCUGUUCAUGGUCCCCGAGCUGCGCCACGCCAUACUGACACUCCGAGUGACUGAUCACCAGCCGCAUGCUGCAAUGCUGAGAGAGCUUCAAGGUCUCUUUGUGCAGCUGUCGUAUGGUACAUGGCGUGCAUACUCACCCAUCGAGCUGUCCAAGAUCUACCGCCUUGCUGGCAAUCUGCUGAACGUGCAUGAGCAGACGGACAUGGGUGAGUUCUUCACCGACUUGGUCAGCAAGCUUGAAGAAAGCUCGCCACACCUGGCCAGAAGCGUGAACGGUGUGUGCCGUGGCAAGCUCAGCAGCAGCAUUGUGUCGCGUGAUUGUCCGCACAUCUCCUUCACGGAGGAGUCGUUCUUCCUAGUGCGCUGUCCCGUCGAGAACAUGGUGUCGCUUGACCGCAGUCUGACAUCGGUGGUGAGUGCCGAUGCCCUGGAAGGAGACAACAAGUACAUAUGCAGCAAGUGCCCCGAGGGCAGUCAAAGAGUAGCUGCUGACAAGCGCACCUCCUUCCGGCAGCUGCCGCCGUUCCUGUGUCUAAACCCGCAGCGCUACGAGUUCAAUAUGAUCUUGAUGCAGAAAGAGAAGGUGAACAGUUACUUUGAGUUCCCGACCAAGCUGAACAUGCUGCCGUACACUGAGCAAUACCUGCUCGGUGAUCGUGCUGCAGCUGACAACAGCAGUCCUGACCGUCGGAGUGGUGGGCGUAACGACGACGAUACCAAGGACAACCAGCAAGCACCGGUAUGUUAUGACUACGAGCUAGUGGGAGUAACAGUACACACGGGCACUGCCGAUGGCGGCCAUUACUACAGCUUUAUCCGCGAUCGCUAUGGCAGCGACGAGUGGUACAAUUUCAAUGAUACAGAGGUGCGUCCGUUUACCAUUGCCAACCUGGAGGCUGAGUGCUAUGGUGGCCAAAUGACGACGGCAAGCCACUCCAACAAGCCGCCGCAGGAGAAGAGCAACAGUGCGUACAUGCUGUUCUAUGAGCGGUGUGACAUACUAUCUGCUCGGCACAUUGUGCCUCUGGAACAGAUUCAGCCGAGCAUUCCGGCAUCUCUACUGCUGCGUACAGCUAUUGCAAACACAAUGCUGGAACACCGGUCACACUUGUUUGAUCAUCAAUUUCAUGAGCACAUGGGUACUUUGGUCACGGCAGUGCUUGAUCGUCUAAAACAGCAACCGUCCGUAUUUGGAGUGAGCCUGGCAGAUGUUGUCCUGUUCAGCUUGUCCUACCUGCUAGAGCUGCUGGUGCAUGCAGCAUCUGUGGAAGAUACCUAUGUGCUUGACUGGUUCAAAAUGACAACAAAGCAUGUGAAUGGUAACCCCGAGCUGAGUCGCAGUUUCCUCCAGGCACUGACCCAGCCGGGUUGCAUGUGGCUGAAGAAAAUGUUUGUGCUAUGCUCAAACGAACACUACCGUGAACGCUUUUCUCGCCUACUGCUCUGUGCGGUGAGAACUGUCCGCGAGGAAGACCUGUCUAUGUACAACCGCGAACGAGUUGACGGAUGUGUGGAUGGGGAGAAUGCUGGCGACAUUGCAGGUGGAAUCGGGCUGCCAGCUGAGACUCUGAAGGAUGAGAACCUGACGAAAACCUCUUUGACAGGCAAGGUGAUCGUCUGUUUGCGCGACUUGCUGUGCACAACUGAUGCCACUAAUGAGCAUCUUGUGGAGUAUUUUAAGUGUGUACACGACUUCGUCUUGCUAGGUGAGCCUGAGCUGUGGCUCUUCCUGGCCAGUGGCUUCCUGAAUCAAAUCGUUUGCUACUACCUCAAUGAGUCUAUCAACGAAGAGAUCUUUGAAAUAAUCUUGUCGGAUCAGCGCAAGGUGAGCCUAUCGCACCACCUGAUGGCCAGGUUAGUGCUGGAGCUGGUGCUGCGUUGUGGUCUGCAGCAAUGGGGCUUGACUCGGUCCGACUUGCUGGCUGUUUAUAGUGAUCAGACAGUAGGUGAACCAUCGUUCGCCUUCAUUGCCAAACUCAUGCAGAAGAAGGUGGAUCCAGUCACGAUUGGACACCUGGUCAUGGCUGCGAUGGACUUGGAGCAGGAUGAUUGCAUGAAGGCCUUGCCGCAUAAGGUUUCCAGGCGCUUCCUUGGCAAUCCUGAAUGUCGCCCGGCGAUAAUUCAUGACAAACGAAUGUCAACAUCUCUGUCAGUGUUUGGACGCAUCUUGGAAGCGGAGCAUGCAAAGAUAUCGGGGACGCCGUUAGCUAAUCCUUCCCGCUGCCGAUUUGGAACAUUCACUACAGCGUUUGUGACUUGUCUCUUUCCCAGUAUGGAGGCGGCACCAGGCACUGUUCUGGACUGGUUGCUGCAAUGGUCCUUUCGCAUCCCAGCCUUGCAGAUCUACCUGAAGAAGAACUCGAACUGGGUCGAUGGCUAUCUGUUUCACCGGAACUCGUCGAUUCGCGCUGCUGCUGCCAAGCUGUUAUCCGUUCUGUUUGGAACUACAGCACUGACACGGGCAUUGGCCGCCUCAUUCCAUGUCACCGAUUGUUGCCAGGUUGACUGUAUCAACUUGACACGCGUCAGCACCGAGGAUAGGAACGUGCUGAGAGCGCUACUCCACCGUCUGCUCAAUUACAGGAAAACGCUGAAGUCCGUUGUGGAACGUGAUAAUGAUAAAUCCCAGCUCGUGGGCUAUUUCCAGCUUCUUGUUGCAGUGGUGAUCGAUGAAGAGGACCAAGAUGUCCUGACUGAUCACCUUAACGAGUUCGUUUCGCUCUGGUUUGACGUAUUCGCGAGCGAUACUUUAAGCAACAUCAGCUACAAUAAGCAAGCGCUGAUGUCCUUUUUGUUCAAGGCAUGCCACGGUCAUGAAGGGAACCUGCGCAGGUUCUUGGUGCUCAGCCGUAACGGUUCGGCCUUCCCCAGUGUACACAUCUACCUGAACAGUGACGAUCAUGAAUUAACCCAGUUCAACUGCAGUUUCCUGGAGGCUUAUUAUGGUCUAUUGCUUGAGCUGCUCAGGCACAGCACUGCCUUUGCGCAGAUGUGCAUCACCCAUGAGAACAUGGAAUUUGCCUUCAAACAUAUUGUGCUGUUUCCAAGUAUCUACUCCUCGCUGCUAGAUGUUCUGCUGGGAGUGUUGUCGCUUUUUGCCGGUUCCUACUAUGACGAUGUUGACUCUGAUGCAUGCAGUUUGUUUCGCGAGCAGAUGCUGAAACUCUUCUUGAAUCUGAGCAUUCAUGGACAACUUUUCCACAUCCUACCCAGGUCUUGUGAAAGGAUUCAAAGCGUUUACCCGCCGAGGCGAAUUCUUUUUGAACCUCACAAACUACUUGUGUGCGCACAGUUCUCCUGAUUUACGUCAUCACUGUUUGGGUAUUUUGAAUGCUGCACUUGAAGUGUACGGUUCUGAGGACUAUAAAUAUGAGCUGCUGACGUCGCUGCUGGAAAAGCUGUGGUCAGUGCACAACAAGUUUCACCAACAUCCGUUCCCACCUGUACCAGAGGGCCGAUACUUCCCGGCUCGAGGCAGCGUAAAGGCCGAUCCUGGUCCACCUUCAAUCUCAAGCAUUAAGAAUCUGUCGCCUGAGAUGCACAUUCACCACACACAUCUGCAGGCGCAACGGGGUGUUGACAGUGCCUAUGACCGGAAGCUAGAUGAAUUCUUCUUGCCCUACUAUGACCUUGUUGAUUUGGUGUGUCGCAAAUCCAUCAGUCAGUGCCAAGCGCAUGCGAAUAUAAUUCAGGCUGCAGCUAGUGUGGGUUCGCUGGUUGCUAUUGAAGGCAGCUCUCUGCACGCGCCUCACUUUGCCAAGCUGUGGGUUGAAUUACAUUCCGAGCAUGGUGAUGCCGACAAUGCAAGUGCAUCUCCGCAAUUGGACAACCUGUUAAGCGCCCUGUGGGAGGAGAACGCGGCAAAGGAGUACAUGCAGAAAGUUCUGGUUUCAGAGCGAUCCUCGCUGAAUCAACCUGAUAUCUAUCGCUUUGCUACAAUAUUCUACUCCAAGAUUUGGCGCAGUGAAGAUCCGGCAUCGAUCAUUGAGUCUCUGCAAGACUCUGUUCUUGCCAAUGCACAUGUUUUGGAAACGUUUGCUAACGCCACAUCGGCUCAGGUGGAUGCUCCUGUCUAUCAGUAUGCUGGGGAUCUCCUUGCUCUGGACAUCAUAGUCUAUAACGAGGAUAGUGGUCUUUCUGAUGCUCUACUGAACAAGCUGAAAAGUCUGCGUACCGCGUGCAACUCGAUUAAUUUAGAAGCACCCGGCGUGUCUGCAGAGAUUGAAAUGGAGGCAUGUGAAUGCGAAACUUCCCCGACCCAGGCAAGCAAGAAGCGGAAACAGCCGUUGAUAGACACGACUGAUGACAUCAGUCCUGCCAAGCGACCUUACUUUCGUGGCAAUAGUGUCAGUGAUAGCCCUGAUGGUGUUACUGCUGCUGCUGCUGCUGCUGCACCGGUAUGCAGUUCUGGCAAUGGUAGCAGUGAACACGACAAUGGUGACAAUGGGUGCGACGCUGACACUUCCUCACCCGAUACGGACAACAAUGGUCACAAUGAAUCCCGGUCUGGAGUGGAGAAUGUUCCCACCAAAUCCCCAGCCGGCGCAAAUGCUGCUGCGAAGGACGGUGACGGUGCUCCCCUGCCAGCUGUGGUUGUAAAUAGCGAACCGUUUGCUCCUGGUCAUCCAACCAUCGACCCGGAUAUGGUGGCGGCCGAUAUUGUUCUCUCACCCCAGUCAAUCAGCGACUCUGUUGCAGCUUCCGCCGCUAUGCAAUCACCGCAGAGUCCUGCAUCUCAUGUGAGCAGCGGUGGCAGCGCUGGCAGCUGUAGCAGUGGCAGCAGCAGCACAGCAACUACCACCUUGCCGCCGCCACCGCCGUCUCCUCGCACUCGCCACUUGCACAGUGCAAGCGGCGGUGGCUGCCUUGUUGUGCACUGGCCCGCUGUGCUGCUUGCCUUGCAGCGACUGACCGGAGGUGCGAGUGCAACGGCUGACCACUGAACUGUGCCUUGCUCGUCUCAUCUCUCCAUGCUCUACAGCCGGCUGCUAAAAUAGAGGCCAUUGUAAGAUAGUGUACUGUACAGCUACCACUCCCAUGGUCAUGAAUUUUACUCUUUCUGCCCGGCUUUCUCCGCAUUUCAAUACUCGUGCUGCUGCAGCUGUCCUUCCAUGUCUAUAGAUCCUCCUUUCUAUGAAGCUGCGUGAUGCGUCCUACAUAAUUAUAAACCGCCUUGCUGUUCAGCUUUUGUCACAUUUGCCAUUGUGUGCAUUUGUGUUGUGUGAAUUUGUAUGUUUGUGAAAUUAGUGUACAGUCAAUCCACCUUCUUCGUCCAUCUGUACAUUCUACUCCCUUACAAGCUCACUUUUUUUUAACGCAGCUGAACAGAACAGGAUUCCGUCUCUCUCUCUCUCUCUCUCUCUCUCUCUCUCUCUCUCUCUCUCUCUCUCUCUCUCUCUCUCUCUCUCUCUCUCUUUCAUGAAGGUUUGCAUGCAGCACCGACAGUGCGGCUGGCCCUCACUCAUCGUCGCACAUCCCCAUACACAUACAAUUGCCUUUUUUCUCCUUCUCAUGAAAUACAUUGUGUCCGUGUGUUCUGCGUAGCCGUAUUCCAGGAUGUAGCCUAUAGCUCAUCUUGUACACUCACCACUUCCACUCCCGAUUCUGACCUAAACUAUGCUCCUGCCCGUGAAUCCUGGAUGCACUAUAUUUUCAAGGUUACUCAUCUCUCUUUCCAUGUGCCGCAGCCGUUUUUUUAUCCCUUGUCCGUGUGCUAUAUACUGAUUUACCCCAAUUGUAUACUAUAUUGUCAUGUAUGUCUGUGUGUGCGCGUGUGUGUGUUUAUAUCGCUUUACCGUAUGGUUUACUACCACCACUUGGUACGAUGACUAUUGUUUUCGCUCUCCAAACAAGACGGAGUAUCGUCUUUCCAGUACCAGGGCUGCAGCUGCUAUUUUACAAUCUUUUUUUAAAGUGUUUUACGAGGAAGUGAUGUGUUUGCCAAGUAAA